UUUUGUUUGAUGAGUGGGACGGAAGAAAAAACAAUUUUAAUUUAAUUAUCGCGUUUUUUUUGUUGUUGAUGGAAUAUCAUCAUCAUUGCGUCUUUGUUCAUAUAUUUAGUGUGACGAUGCGAUAGAUUUUUGUUUGUUUGGUUUCAAUAUUUUAUCAUUUUUAUGAAUUUCUUUCUUUUUUUUUUGAUUAUUAGAAGAAUAUAUUUCGAAAAAUUUAAAUUGCUGCAAAUAGACCAAAACAAAACAAAAAAACUUCGACAAACAUUUUGAAUUGUUUCACGACGCACAAAAAACCACGUGUUUUUUUUCUGUUGUUGAUUCUUUAUGACUUGUGUUUGUAUAUAAUCUCUUUACAAAUUUACAUUGCUUUAUUUUUUGUUUCUGCAAACAAAAAAAUCCAAGUUCAAUAAAAUAACAGUGUUCAUCAUGAGUGAAUUAAAUUCCAAUUUACAACGAUUAUUUAAUGCUGUCUCAUCGACGUCGCCUUCAACGUCGAAUGCUGCAGCAGCAUCAGGGACGACGACAAUAAAAACAACAACAACAACAAAUCAAAAUCCAUUUGAUUUUUUUACAGCAACUAAUAAUAAAAUGAUCGAUCCAAUGUCAAUCAUAUCGUCAUCAUCAUCAUCAUCUACGCAUCAAAAAUCAUUGUAUCAAUCAUCAUCAUCAUCGAAGCCAAAUCAUUUUGUAAAUAAUAUUAAUGGUAAUAUAAUGGAAAAAGAAACGCAACCACAAUCAUCAUCAUCAUCAUCAAUGUUUUUGUCCGAAAAUGAUAUAAUUACAUCGUUGAUGAAACAUACUAAUCAUCAACAACAACAACAAAAUACUGACAAAACAAAUGGAUUUUGGUCAUCAUCGAAUGAACAAUCGAUUCUUGAUAAACAACAAUCAUCAUCAUCAUCAUCAAUAUCGAAUGAUUUAUUUGCACUAUUUCAACCGAAUCGAACGGUAAUAAAUGAUGGCCAACAACAAUGUUUAAUGGGUAAAAAUAUUCCAUCAUCAUCAUCAUCAUCAACAAUGGCAACAACAUUAGAAUCAUUGGAAAAUUGUUUAAAUACUGAUCGUCAUGAUGGUGGUUCGUUGAAUCGAUCAACAACACAAGCAAUUCCAAUCAAUAAUAAUAAUAAUAAUGAUGGUGAUAAUAAUAUGAGUCAUUGUAUGAAAUCAUUUUUAUUUAAUAAUGAGCAACAACAGAAUUCUGCAUCAGAAUUGAUUGGCAAUAAUAAUAAUAAUAAUGUUGUUAUGGAUAAUAUUUGUUCAUCAUUAUCAUCAUCCGAAUCGGAAUCAAGUCAAUUUUCACCACCAUCAACAUUAGUAUCGGAUAUUGUACAGGAAACAGUAGCAUUUGAACAUACUGAAGAUUUUAUACGUAGUUUACAGAUACCAUUGGAUGUAUUGGAUGAUUUAGCAUCACGUUUUGUUUUGAAUAUGCCUCAGGAAGAAAAAUAUGAUCCAAUUAGGAUUUGUUUUCAGAUGGAGAAUGCAUUCUGGCAUUAUUUGGAUUUCUGUUGUGAAUGUGAUUCACGAUUGCCAAAAUUUAAAUUUAAACGUUUCGCUCAAAUAAUGUUCACUUAUGUGCCACGUUUACGACAAUUUUUGGAUGUAUUUGAUGAUGUUGUCAACAAAUGGAUUCAAUAUAAAUUUUCUAUUCCUUGUUCCGGAGCAAUAAUGUUGGAUGAAACAAUGGAUUAUAUUCUACUUGUACAAGGUUAUGGCAAUAAAACAUGGGGUUUUCCUAAAGGCAAAGUUAAUCAUGAUGAAUCAUUAAUGAAUUGUGCCGUUCGUGAAGUUUUCGAAGAAACUGGAUAUAAUUGUAUGGGAAAUAUACUAGCAGACCAAUAUCUUGAAAGAAAAAUAUUUGAAUCACGAUUACGUUUAUAUUUGAUACGUAAUGUUGAAUUUAAUUAUGAAUUCAAACCUCAAGCUCGUAAUGAAAUUCGUUCGAUUAAGUGGUUUGCAUUGAAAGAUUUUCCACAAAAUCGUCAAGAUCAAACACAACAACAUCCGAAAACAUCAUCUCAAAUGAUGGCUGUUUCGAAUGGUGGUGGUAAUAUUAUUAACGGUGAUGUUGUUAUGAUGCCACAGAAUGCUAGUAAAUUUGUAUCGAUAAUGCCAUUCAUGCAGGCCAUACGUAAAUGGGUUGAAAAUGAAAAACGAAAAAUGAAAGUUGUACGAAAACGUGAACGUCGUCAACAAAUGAAAUUGGCUAAACAACAACAACGUAAAGCGAAUGAAUUGGCGGCAAUUUUUGGCGGUAUUAAUUCCACAAUCAACGCUAAUGUAGAAGGAAAAGGUAGUUCGAAUUCAAGUUCACCAACAAGUACGAUUGAUGAUUUGAAUGAUAAUAAAACAAUAGUUAUCGAUAAUGAUAGUGAUAGUACAUUGAAUAAAACAACCACAUCAUUUGUUGAUGUUGAUCUCAACACUAUACUUGGCUAUCGUGAAAUGUAUAACUAUAAAAAUGAUCAACGAAAUCUAAUGACUAGAGAACAACGUAAUCAUGAACAAACAUGGCAACAACAAAUGUAUACAUUUUCAAAUGGUGAUGGUAUUGCUCAAGAAUCAAAUUCAUUGUUGAAUAAUAAUCAGGAUAAACAUAAUGCAUUACCUCAAGCUGGACAUCUUGAAGAUAUUGAACGAGCUUUGAUGGAAAAUAGUUUUAAUAAAAAUGAAAAUAAAAAGGAUUCAUCAUCAUCAACAUCAUCGAUUUUAUUGGGAUCAAAAGGUUCCUGUACAGAAAAAUUAAAUAUUCUAUUUGGAUUAGCUAAUCAACAACAAACAUCAUCAUCCAAUACAAUGAUCUCAUUGAAUAAUAAUCAACGGCCAUCAUCAUCAAUGUCUGUUAAUCUACCUAAUGGUAAUAAUAAUGAUAAUGAUAUGGAAUCGGAAAUAAAUAAAAUGAUCAAACCAUCAUUAGCACCGAUCGGAACAAGACGAUCUUCAUCGAUUAGUACUUGCUAUGCUGAUAAUCAACGAAAAAAUUUUUCUGGUCAUAUUGUGAUCUCUAACAAUAAUAAUAAUAAUGAUAAUGAUGAUAGUGGUGAUAAUAGCAGUAGUAGUAGUAGUAGUAUCAAAAACAAGUAA